AUGUGGGAAAAUCCGAUACGGGGCAUCGUCGUUCAAUGCAACGACGACAUCGUUGCCAAAGUUAUCACGACGAACGGCGACUACACAGAGUAUACGGCUUUGCAAUACCUCGCAGAACAGGCUCCCGAAAUUCCUGCUCCUAGGCCCCAUGGCUUGAUCAAGCUCGGAUCUUUUUGUAUGAUUUUCAUGUCUUAUAUUCCGUCCAUGACGUUGAGCGAGGCAUGGCCAUAUCUCUCACACGAAGAGAAGAUUUCCGUGAAGCAUCAGCUAGAUGACAUCUUCAGGAGGUUGAGAUCCAUUCGUGAGAAAGAUGGUCAUUAUCUUGGGGGGGUCGGUGGCGAAGGAGUGAAGGGACACAAAGCCAAUACAAUCGUUAGCACGGCUGCUGGAUUUGAGGAUUUCAGAUACUCCACCCCCCAUCGCGGCAGCACCACAUACGCCACUUUCCUUCGCUCUUUUCUCACAGAUUCUAUUCGAGGUUCGGUCUUCAGUCAUGGUGACGUCAGACAAGAUAAUAUCUUAGUGAAUCUGAAUCAGGACAAUGUCUGGAUUGUUACUGGGAUCAUUGACUGGGAGGACAGCGGAUUUUAUCCAGAUUACCAUGAAUGUACUCAAUUGACGAGGACAUUGAGUGUGAUGGAGGAAGAUGACUGGUAUCUCUAUUUACCAGAGAGUAUCUCGCCACUUCAAUUUCCGAUACGUUGGCUUGUUGAUCGACUUUGGGAUAUCCAUACUAAAACCACUUGA